AUGCCGGGUGCCGCUUGCUCGAAGCCACCGAAGGAUUCGGUUAAAGACGCGAGUAGAAGUAAAGAAGCAGAGGACGGCGAAGAAUUAGGGCCUAUACAGCCCGUCUCUAAAGCAGGCAAUUCGAAGGGUGGUGGAAUGACUCGAACUUCGAUUGAACCCACGUACAGCAAACCGAAACCGGCUCAGGAGAUAGAAGAGGAGGAGGAGGAAGAAGAGGAGGAAGAAGAGGAAGAGGAAGAGGAGGACGAAGAGGAGGACGAAGAGGAGGACGAGGAGGAAGAAGAGGAAGAGGAAGAAGAGGAAGAGGAAGAGGAUGAGGAAGAGGAAGAAGAAGAAGAGGAGGAAGAGGCCGAGGAAGAAGCCAAGCCUGCGCCCAAGGCAGCGCCCAAGGCAGCCGCCGCGGCGGUUCCUGCAAAGACCUCGGGCACUGCGGCUCCCGCCAAGGCGGCCCCAGCUCCAGCGGCCCCAGCCGCGGCAGCUCCGGCAGCCGCGGCGGGCGACGGGUCGAAGGUGGAGUUGAAGGACGACUCGAAGCCGGCGGCAGACGGAGUUGUGGACCGCCCACCAGGGCAGAAGGGUGUGAUACCUGAGUUGAAGGAGAAGCGGGAUGACUUUACGCCGAACCCACGAUUACCUCCAGAGUUGCAAGACGACUUAGAACCGUACCCGGUCUUGGAGAAUCAGAUCGUACUGGAUCCGGGUGCAAAAGAAAAGUCGAUCAAAGGCGGGUUCAAAUACACUGGUGAUUGGGACGGGCCGGAGAUGAAAGGUGUCGGUCGUUUAAUUUACCCGGAUGGUGGUGUGUAUAUUGGAGCCUUUGAGAACAAUAAGCCACACGGUGUGGGAAUUGUGCGUAUGAAGAAUGGUACGCGUUAUUUCGGGAUGUAUGUGGACGGAAAGCCGAACGGUUACGGUCGUUAUGAGUUCCCGGACGGUGCGAUUGCGAUUGGGCAGUUUAAGGAGGCCCAGCGUAACGGCAAGGGUAAGGAGAUCCGGCCGGAUAAAUCUGUGUACAUCGGUAACUUUGUUAAAGGAACACGUGAAGGCCUUGGAUUACUACGUGCUGGUGAUGGCGAAGUAUAUCUCGGCGACUGGAAGAACGGUAUGCUCCAUGGCCGAGGCACAUACUGGUGGGCCGAUGGUAAGAAAUAUACCGGCGACUGGCGACAAUCGAAACAACAUGGUCAAGCCAUGGAAUGGUGGCCUUCUGGCCAAGUGUACAAAGGUAACUUUGUUGAUGGUGAACCAUCAGGUCAGGGUGUACUCCAGUACGAAAACGGCGCUCAGGUUCAUGGCACCUUCGUCAAGUCACAUGUUGAUGGUCCUGCUCGAAUCUAUGAACGACCCGAUUGCUAUCGUGAUGGUGUUUGGCGUUUCGGAGUACGUAUUAGCUGGACCGGUGAAGAGGUCAAGUGCGAUCCCAUCGAAAUCCUACCCGCCAGAGAUGACACGGGACCUCCCGUCUAA